ACGUCUCUCUUUCUCUCCCCUCCGAUCCUCUCUCUCUCUCUCUCUCUCUCUCUCUCUCUCUCUGUAGCCUGUCCCAUAUCGAAAGUUUUUUGAAUCUUUGCAGGGGGGUUUAGGGAGUAGAAGAUGGAGAGCCAUUUGAGGAUAUUCUCAUCACUUUGUUUUCUUGUAUUGGUUGUGGGGAUUAUUAGCAGCAGAGCCUACGGAGAAGUUUCUCAUGGAAUGAGGAAAAAGAUUGAUACAAUAAAUGGAAGGGGUCCAUACUUGGGUAUUGUGGUGCCAAACUCCUUUGAGAUGGACCCUCUUCUCCACUCUCCAAGUUUUUUGGCUGAUGACAAGUUUCCCUACUUGGAUUUUUCAGGAAGAAGGUUUAGAUUUGGAGAGGUGGGAAAUGAAAAGGUCAUAGUUGUUAUGACAGGAUUGAGCAUGCUUAAUGCAGGUAUAACUACACAAUUACUGCUAAGUAUAUUUGCAGUGAAAGGAAUUGUGCACUAUGGAAUUGCUGGAAAUGCCAACCCUCAUCUCCAAAUUGGAGAUGUGACUAUCCCCCAAUAUUGGGCUCAUACGGGUCUUUGGAAUUGGCAGAGAUAUGGAGAUGGGCCUAGUGAUGAGUUAGCCCUUGAAUCUGGUGGAGACUACACAAGAAAAAUUGGUUUCCUCAAAUUCUCUGAUUACAGCAAUGGAACUGAAAAUGGGAAGCCUGUGGGGAAUUUUCUGAAUAAUGUUUGGUAUCAACCGGAGGAAGUCUUCCCGGUUGACGGAACUCCUGAAGUCCGGCAGCAUGCCUUCUGGGUUCCUGUCAACGAGCAUUACUUCACUGUUGCAAAGAAACUCCAGGGCUUGAAGUUGGGAAGUUGUGUCAACACAACUUGUCUUCCAAGAACACCCAGAGUUGUGAGGGUGGAGAGGGGGGUUAGUGCCAAUGUUUUUGUUGACAACAGUGCCUACAGAUCAUUCUUGCACACAAAAUUUAAUGCCACUCCAAUAGACAUGGAAAGUGCUGCGAUUGCAUUGGUCUGUCUUCAACAAAAGACACCUUUUAUUGCAAUUAGGUCUCUCUCUGAUUUGGCUGGCGGCGGCUCUGCUCUGUCGAAUGAAGCAGACAUCUUCUCCUCAUUGGCAGCACAAAAUGCAGUUGAUGCUGUAGUUAGAUUCAUCACCCUUUUGUUUUCAUAAUUAUAUUUCCCUUUUAGACUGAAAAGCUCUUAAUUUUCUCCAUCAAUAAGUAUAAAAAUGUACUCAACAUUUAUAUAUAUAUGAACACUGGAUUUCAUUUUAUCAUCUGCAUGAUGCUUCUGCAGUGAGAUGAUUUCUUUUUCUGUUCC